AUGUGAAAGUAGAAAGAAAGAAAGCAGAGCCAUUACUCAUGAGUGUGUUUGUGGGGUGGUCUUGCAGAGUGCUCAAGAGGACGGAUGUGGUGUCAAUAUUUCGGAAAGGGGAAGCACAUUAACGUUUGCUCAAAAGGUCAUGUUCAUUUCCUUUUGUUGGUUAUUCCAUUACAAAGAGACUUCUGUGAAGAUAACACCAAGGCAUGACAAUCCUUGGCAUUAAUGAGGGGGCCGUGCUGAUGCUUGUGUCUUCAGCCUCACUCAGCAUGCUAUGUCUUCUGUGUCUCAAGUGCAAAAAGAAAUCCAACUCUUCUCUCUUGCAGAAAUCAUCCAACAGGAUUCCUCGAUAUAUGACCCUCAGAUAUUCCAACGUGAAGGCAGCCGAUUUGCUGUCACACGCUCAAAGACAGUAACGCGGCCCAAUCAAAUGAAAACACAGAACCAAGAGGAAACUGAAGUGAGACAUUCCCAUAUCUCUCAAUCUGCAAAUGAAGAUUACACAUUUGUCAUUGGUGACCAAGAGGGCUUUGACGCUACAUAUGUCUCCCCACUUCCAAUUGCAGUGUAUGGAAACAUUGAGGAAAUGAAACAAGCAGCAUCUGCUUCCAAUUUAUGUGACUAUGAAAAUAUUUUGACUGCUUCAUCGAUCAACGAUGAUGAGGAUUAUGAAAACUCUGAAUUCUUAAAAAACGUUGAGGAUUUAACAGAUGACCCAGACUAUGUGAAUACCCAACAGGGUGCUUGCUGAUAUGAACACCACCAGAUAGAGGAGGAAUUCUCAUGGCUCAAUAAGCAGGAGGAGCCAAACAUAGUCUCUGCUAUUCAUAGCAGAGACCUGUGUUAAUGACAGAGAGCCUCACCGGUCAAACUCCAAUGAAAAAGGCUUACAAGAAAAGUAAAAAUAAUAAUAAAUAUUCAAUAUUUAUCUAUGAUCUUUGUAACAAAUGUAUCUUUGUAUGAUUCAUUUCAGAAAAAAAGGUGUUCCAAGAAGUGAGAAAAUCUUAACUUUUUCUGAUAUGCCAUUAGAAGAUACAUCUGUUAAUAAAUAUUUAGGAUUUCCAUUCGAUGAAUUUAUGAAUUAUGAAAAUGGAAUUAAACUCCUGGCUGAUUCAGCUGGUAGAGCUUUGGUUCCGUUGUUAACAAGUUAAAAAUAGGUAAAGACCUUGGUUAUUCUACUUACUCUCAAUUGUAUGAUGCAUGUGUUUCUCCAAUUGUGAAUUAUGCUGCUGGGGUAUGGGGAUUUAAAGAAAGAAAGAUCUCAGAUGCAGUACAAAACAGAGCAAUACGUUGUUUUCUGGGUAUUCAUAUAUAUGUUCCCUCUUUGGCUCUUUUGGGUUGGAUUCCUGCUACAAUAAGGAGAAAGGUUGAUAUGAUUAGACUGUGGAAUCGUUGUGUUAAUAUGUCCGAUGACAGGAUCAAUAAGAAAGUUUUCCUUUGGAGUAAAGUCCAGAACUCUCCAUGGGCCGCAGAGAUUCAGGCUGUCUUUGAAGAAGCCGAAUUUCAGUAUAUCUAUAGAAAUAAUUGAUCAUGCAGCAUAAACAAAAUGAGAAAAAAGUUACUUGUCGGGUACAAUGAAAAAUGGUUGAAUGAUAUAAUGUUAAAACCGAAAUUACGGACAUACAUCCAAAUCAAGCAUAAUUAUGAAACAGAAUUAUAUGUUAAAACAAAUUUACCAAUAAAUCAGAGAUCCUAGAUUGCCCAAUUAAGAAUGGGAAUCCUUCCCCUGGCACUUGAGGUCGGCAGAUUUAAAAAUAUCCCAGAGGAACAGAGACUUUGUGAACUUUGUGAUUUACAAGAAGUGGAUAAUGAAUCUCAUUUUCAUUUAUACUGUCCCUUCUGUGAUGAACUAAGAGUACCUUUUGUAAAUGAACUGUUUGCUCAAAACCCUGAAAUAUUUUGGAGUAAUGAUGUCAGGAUGGAAUGUUUGUUUACCUUUAAUGUUUAUAAGUUAGCCUCUUUUGUUACUAAAGCCUGGAUGAAACGUCAGGAUGGUUAAUAUCGUUAAUGUUAGUAUUGUUAAGCAUCUAUGUUUUAUGUUAAGCAUGUUUUAUGAUGGUGUCUUGUAAGCCCUUGUGGGCUGGGCAUGCUAAUGCAUGAAACAAUAAAAAAUAAAAAAUAAAUAAAAAAUGCAAUCAUU